AUGAAAGAUGGUGAUGGAACAUGCACUUUGGCGAGCACUUUGGCGAGCACUUUGGCGAGCACUUUGGCGAGCACUUUGGCGAGCACUUUGGCGAGCACUUUGGCGAGCACUUUGGCGAGCACUUUGGCGAGCACUUUGGCGAGCACUUUGGCGAGCACUUUGGCGAGCACUUUGGCGAGCACUUUGGCGAGCACUUUGGCGAGCACUUUGGCGAGCACUUUGGCGAGCACUUUGGCGAGCACUUUGGCGAGCACUUUGGCGAGCACUUUGGCGAGCACUUUGGCGAGCACUUUGGCGAGCACUUUGGCGAGCACUUUGGCGAGCACUUUGGCGAGCACUUUGGCGAGCACUUUGGCGAGCACUUUGGCGAGCACUUUGGCGAGCACUUUGGCGAGCACUUUGGCGAGCACUUUGGCGAGCACUUUGGCGAGCACUUUGGCGAGCACUUUGGCGAGCACUUUGGCGAGCACUUUGGCGAGCACUUUGGCGAGCACUUUGGCGAGCACUUUGGCGAGCACUUUGGCGAGCACUUUGGCGAGCACUUUGGCGAGCACUUUGGCGAGCACUUUGGCG